UCAAACAGUCCGCUACACAUUGUUCACGCGAUUACAGAACCAACUUUAAAAUAAAGUGAUAACGUCAUGUGCAGCACAUGUUCCUGAUAAAUAUCGAUCGGCAUUCUGUGGCCGCUAUUCUUUGAUAAAAGGCGUCUCUCGUAUGGUUUCCUCUCGCUGGUUCUUUGUUUUUCAUUCAACCUGUGGAGGUCAGAUUCUAAAGUCGUGCUGAGGCCGGAGGCUUGAGUCGGGAGCCAUGCUGUUGAAGGACUGCUUCCGCCGUCCUUCAGAGGAAAUUUUGCGGAAAAAGCAGCUGGAAAAAAGGCUCACACAAAUCAAUCAGAAGUUUGCAAAUUCGGUGAAAAUUUUGUUGUUGGGCGCUGGUGAAUCCGGAAAAACCACUAUUAUCAAGCAGAUGAAAAUAUUGCACGACCAGAAUGGAUUUAGCUUUGAUGAACGUUUGGAUAAGCUGCAUGAUAUUAUAGAAAACAUUCACGAAUCGAUCUAUGAAUUGAUUCAGCAAGCUAUUUUAAUGAAUCUGCAGUUCGACUCGAAAGAAAACUGCCAAUGUGCAAGGGAAAUUCUUAAGAUAGGAAAGCAGGCGCCAUGGUUCCUAAGCAUGGAAUACGUACAAAGGGUUCGAACGGUUUGGGCUGAUAGUGCUGUAAAAAAUUGCUACAAGCGUGCAAAUGAAUUUCAAUUGAUCGAUAGUGCAAAAUAUUUUUUGGACAGAAUUGAAAAAAUCUCAAUGCCAGGAUACAUUCCAACGAAUUCCGACAUUUUAAAUUGCCGUAAAACAACGACCGGAAUACAGGAAGUUAACUUCCACAUCAAAAUGCCAAAAUCGCUUGGGGGAGGCUCGCAGGAGUUUCGAAUGUUCGACGUUGGUGGUCAGCGCAGUCACCGGACCAAGUGGAUGCAGGUGUUCGAAGGUAUUGAAGCUGUGCUGUUCAUGAUCGCGUGUGGUAGUUUCGAUCAAACAUUACGAGAGGACCCUAAACAGAACCGGUUAGCGGAAGCGUUCGAGCUGUUCCGAGGCGUGUGGCAUAAUCGAUUUCUAGCGGAGACGGGCUUGAUUGUGUUUCUCAACAAGCAGGAUAUAUUGGAGCAAAAAAUUCUGGCGGGUAAAUCGAUAAAGCACUACUUUCCCGAAUACGAGCAUUACGUAGCCGCGGCGGACAGUGAGAAUUUGAGAGACGAAUUUACACGUACAAGGUGUUUCAUCAAGUCAGUCCUGGUGGACAUCACCAACGAAACCCCUCGAAGGACAUCACUUUUGGCGCGAAGGAAGCGGAGCUGCUAUUACCACUUCACAGUAGCAACGGACACCAACAAUGUGCGCAUGGUGUUCAACGACGUACACAACAUAAUACUGGCUCGGAACCUCCAGAAUUUAGGCAUUUUGUGAUAAUAUCCAUCUAAUUUAAACAUGCUAUUGAAAUCAACAUUAAAUAUAUUAAAA